AUUGGCCCGCGCGGCAGCGCCCCCCCCCGGCAGGGCCGCGGUCGGUCCGGGCAGGCAGAGGGUCGGCGCCGCCAUCGCCAUGGGCACCCGCGACGACGAGUACGACUAUCUGUUCAAAGUUGUGUUGAUUGGAGACUCUGGAGUUGGGAAGAGUAAUCUCCUGUCACGCUUCACACGCAAUGAGUUCAAUCUGGAGAGUAAGAGCACCAUUGGGGUGGAGUUUGCCACCAGGAGCAUCCAGGUGGAUGGGAAGACGAUAAAAGCCCAGAUCUGGGAUACUGCGGGACAGGAGCGAUACCGCGCCAUUACCUCAGCGUAUUACCGGGGUGCUGUCGGGGCCCUGCUGGUCUAUGACAUUGCCAAACACCUCACCUACGAGAACGUGGAGCGCUGGCUGAAGGAGCUGCGGGACCACGCCGACAACAACAUCGUCAUCAUGCUGGUGGGCAACAAGAGCGACCUGCGCCACCUCCGCGCGGUGCCCACCGACGAGGCCCGCGCCUUCGCAGAAAAAAAUAACUUAUCUUUUAUUGAAACAUCUGCUCUGGAUUCAACAAAUGUAGAAGAAGCCUUCAAGAACAUCCUUACAGAAAUCUACCGCAUCGUGUCGCAGAAGCAAAUCGCCGACCGGUCUGCGCACGACGAGUCUCCCGGCAACAACGUCGUCGACAUCAGCGUCCCACCAACCACCGACGGACAGAAAUCCAACAAACUCCAGUGCUGUCAGAACCUGUGACCUUCUGUAGAUGACUCUUGUGCCCUUCACUUCGUCUGUGCUUCAUUUAGAAACUUGUGUGCACUUCUUAUCUCCUGUGAUUCAGUGACUCCCUCCUCCCUCCUUUUGCUCCAUUCCUGAAUCUCCCCUCUCAUAUUAGAGCUUUAAUUGUAGGGCUAACAUCCCCCAUGCCUCUGAAACCCCUUCCAUGUGGUGACUUUUGGGCUUGAAAUGUAGUCACUGAUCUGAUAGACAUGUUUGUGUUGGAACAUCUGCUGCUGGAUAUUAUCCCAUGGAACACUCUUCUCAAAUGGGUUUGUUUUGUUUUUGUUGGGCAUUUUUUUUUUGAGUUUGGUGGUUUGGGGUUUGUUUUUGUUUUUUCUUUUAGUUGUUGUUGUUUAUUUUUGGGAAAGGAACCAUGGCGACUUGACUCUAACAGUUGAAGAAAUAACUACAUUUAGGUGACAAGGUUUUUUCCUCCCAUAGUCAGAUAUUUUUUUUUCUUGUGUUUCUGUAAACAUGGGGGAGAAAUUAAACUAGCUAUCCUACCAAAUGCUCUGUUUUCUGUCCUGAUAAAGUCUCACAGUGAGGAUUUUAGUGGCUGCACACACAUAAGAAAGCUGUUGAAAAUAACAUUACUUAUUCUGUAAUUACCCCUAAUACAGUUAGUCUGGCUGUGUAGUUUACUGUUUCCUGCUUGGGAAAUCUUUCUCUAUUCUUGUUUUAUUUGGGAACAAUGAAGUAUGUCUGCAUUGCUUUCUCUGCCACCAUGAAUGCCUGUGCAGGCUUUAUGAAGUGGCUUAAUAUUUAUUCAUAGCUUAUGUUAAUCAGUUAACAUUAUUGUACAGUAAGUGCCAGCGUAUUGAUUUCAGAAACCUUUUGCAACCUGUAUAAGUAGGCUUCUUUUGUACUGUAGGUCAGUGUCUGAAAGCAGGAUCUGCUCUAGUUCCAGGGUUUUUUGCAUGCUGCUUUUUCUCUAGAUCUCUCCUGCCCCUGUUUGAGUGAGUGAAGCAAUAUUUUCAUGUCACGUAUAUACCUGCACUUGUAAGGGUUUUGGUUGUUGUAGAGAAACACGAUACUUUAUACAUUUUGUAAAACUUCUGCAGAUCCAUAGCAUCUGGAAUUUUCUCUUCAUGAUCUUUCACUAUUGGCCUCUAGUAAAAAUGCAUAUUAGGAUUUCACAUAAUAACUACUAACCUGUUGUUUUCCUCUUACUGUUUUACUGAACUGCAGACUGUAAUUCUUAAAUGAUUGUACUCCACUGAUGUAACAGAUUUGUCAUCAGCAGGGCUAACUACUCUAACUCUUUGUUGUGCUGAAUGGGAAGAAUGUUACCACAACUCUGUGUAGUCAGUCUCUUGCUUGCUUGUGCAAAUCUUCUCUGAUGGCUUUUCAUCACUCACUGGCUCUUGCACACUUGCAUCCCCUCCGGUAUCCGCUGAAUGUUCUGGUGGCACAAACUGGGUGAAAUGACCUAAAGGAAGAGCUGGAGACCAUCUGCUGCUCCCUGAGGGCUCGUGGAGCCGUUUGCAGUGAGUUUUUGCUCUGUAUUCUGAGCCUGUACCUCACUGGAUGAAUCCCAGCUGCAUAUUAGUGAGUUGAUAUUUCUUUUCUGAUACAAAGCAAAUAUGAAACUGUGAAUUGUGCUCGAAGGGGAAAUCUGACAUUCCAGUCUCAACUGUUCUGUCUGGUUACGUAAUAAAAUUAAGGGCGGUUAACUCUGAUGGCUUUUCUUUUAUAAGAUUUCCAGACCAAUGCCUUUAAUUUUGUACUGUAUACACUUGAGAGGGCUGCAGCUCACAGCACAGGAUGCACAUGGUGCCUGGCACUUCCACUCUUCACCUUUGUUUGGAGGAUACAUUCAGGGGGAAGGGGUGCCUGCUUGCAGCCUGAUCCCCUUGAAUGAGGAUAUGAAUUCCUCUUUAGGCAUCACAGUGCCCCAUCCUAAGGGUGUCCUAGUUUGGGAAGCACUUUCAACACUUGGUAUUUACAUCAGUAGCAUUCUGUUGAGAGAAGGUGAGAAUUGGGUUGUCUCCUUUUUGGUGGUCCUAGACCAGAGUAUAACAUACAGUCAGUGUUUAGACAGCUGGCAGUGAGAGAAUGGAAAAUUCUGAAAUAUUGAAAAUACUUCAUUCAAGAACAAGUGGACACUAGUGGAGCUGGGCUCCUUAAUUUUUGAACACACUUUUUAUAAAGAAAUUACUUGGAUAGCAUGAGGAGGAAUUGUGCUGGUAAGAAGACUCACUAGUUCAGGGUGAUGUAUUAACAUGCUUACUCUGCAAGUCCUGUUCUUAACAUGAAGUUUCUAGAAUCAGACUGGUCUGGUGUAAGAAGCUGAGAGGCAGUUUAGUCACUUCCUUGUUUCUUAAGAGAUUUUCUUUAGCCUUUGACGUUGUGGAAGGCUCUAAACUUUGCCUCAGAGUCCCAGUGAAAGGUCCAUGUCUAGCCCUGAGCACAGGGCUGUUCGUGCCAAUAGGAAAGAGGAGAGUGGGCCAGUUCUGCCUGGUUAAACCAUCUUCCUGUGCACAGCCCAGGGAAAAUGCUUUUGAUCUGGAGUUCCUGGUGUCUUGCUGAAGCAUUGUGCAUCCUCAGAAACUCAGCCACAACUCAGCCCACUUGUGGUGGAAUUGCUGGAGGUGCCAAGGGGAAGACUUGGAGGAAUCCUGAGGAAGCUGGAACUGCUGCAGAGCUGUCUGACAUUCAGAGAAACUCUCCAGUAGCCCAGACUCCUCAACUGUGUUUUCCUGAUGUGAAAAUGACUGGUUACAUGUAACCUCACCUGGACUGCUUCAUCCUGCAGCUUUGCUGGCUCUGUGUCUCUCAGUAUUACUGUCAGGAAAAGAGAAAAGGUUCCAUCUCUCUUCCGUCUGCCAUAAGGGAUUUGAGGGAAGAAUUUGGCUUAUGUAAAACUCCUGAUGACAGGAAAGCUGCCUGUGAAAGGAGGAAUGUGUGCUCUGCUUGCUUUACUUGGAUGUUGAGAAUGACUUUCCUUUAAGCUAUUGGAAGAUAACACUACAAAGCCCUGGGUCAGUAACACAAACAUCAGCCCAAGGCUCCUGCUGGUGUCUAGAACAGGUCCUUUAACACAGAACUAGGCAGGAGUGUCCUGCUGUCUCUCCUGUUAGUGAUGGGAAGGAUGAAGACCAAAAUUCACACAUAAAAGUGAUUUGGUCCUGAGCACACAAACAGCUAAUUGGUAAAAUGAAUUCCAUGGGUAGACUGAAUCAAUCAGACCUCUUCCUGCUGAGCCAGUGCUUACAGACAGGUGAGUUGGUCUGGGAUCUCCACUGAGAGUUGGAGCCUGCACGGGGCAAGGAAGUUUUGUUCACAGGGAAGUUUUAAAGCUCUGUACUUGUAAAAAUCCAGUUGCAAAGUGACUGCUUGGUGCUUUGUUAAAGAGAUUUUAGUGUGUGCUGUGGAGACCGUCAACAUUUGGUAGGAGGAGAAGGCACUUCGGUGCCUUCUUGCCCCUGUGGCAGGUUAGUUCAGAAAGAUGGUGCAUCCCAGAGAUGCUCUUGUUCAGGUGCUGUUCUGUGACCCUCCAAUGCAUGGAAGGGCUGGGGACAGACAGGGAGCUUUUGGCUGGGCAUGGUAGGGGUUGAUCUGUGCCUUUAUUUGAAUCAGUCACUUACCAAAAGCUGUUGGAAAAAUGUACAGGAGGUAUUUUUGCUCCCUGGUGCUUUGAUCUCUGCGUUCUGUACUGCUCCAGAAGACGUGGGUGGGAUCUGUUUGUGGCUGGGACUUGCCAGGGCUUGGUGAUUGUUUCCCUCCCAAACAUGAAGGAAGAACUUGCUUAGAGGUUCUGGACUCUGUGGAAGAAAAGAAGAUCCCAAUGAAGCAACUCAGUCACUUAGGGAGGCCUCUUUCCUUCAUAAAAACCUAAACAAACAGUAUUAAAGGUAGGGGCCUGAAUUUCAACUAAGAAAAAUCAGACAAUUGGAGGUGAAGACUAACUGUCCUUCAAGUCACACACAGUGAGCUGGGGCUGAAGGGUGGAUUCUCUUGACUUGCAGACUCUUAAAUACAGUUGGAAGGUGAUUCGUGGAACGUUUCCGUGGAAUGACUAUCUGCAGGGCUGCACUGUUUCAAUAAGUCACAGCAAUUCCUAUUUCACACUGGUCAGAUAAUGCUCGGUAGUGUUGUCUGUCAGGCUUUGUAGGCUAAAAAUAGCACUGGACCUUUAUGCUACCCAGAGGAGAGGUUCCUUUCAUUUACUUUUAUCCCUGGUUCCUGUGUUAAGUGCAAUUCACUUUGUAAAUACACACAUCCCUCGAUUUUUGUGCAUGGUUAUGAUGUAUUGUGGACAUAAAGAUUGCCAAAUCA